GUUGGAUAAUGAUAGCCAUUCUUAAUCCCAGAAACUGGACUUGCUCGGGAACGUUUUCCACACAUUGGCCUAUUAUCAUAGCUUGCUACUCUUUCGUUUCACGUCAUCAGUUCUCUCUCGUGGUCGCAUCUCCCCCGGCCCUCCCUAUAGUUGGCACUGACUCCUAACGCAAAACCAUGUCCGAAGUCAAAGGGUACCGCAGGCCAGAGCAUGGCGUCUUCCGCUUCCUACCGGACGCCUGGGUCCCGUACGCCGAGCUCAUGCGUCUCGACCGGCAGGCAGGCUUCUGGGCCUUCUACUGGCACUACCUGAUAGGGCUCGGGUUCGCCAUCAACAUCCCCCCGUUCUCCGGCGAGAUGGACUUGACCACCCUUGCCUUCCUCGCGGGAUACCUCUGGGUCUGGACCACGCUCUUCCGCGGCAUCACCUGUACGUGGAACGACAACCUGGAUCAGGAUUUUGACCGCCAGGUUGCUCGCUGCCGCGUGAGACCCAUCCCGCGGGGUGCCGUCUCGACCGCGCAGGCACACGUCUUCACUGCGGCGCAGAUUGCGGUUGGGGCCGCCAUCUUGUACCCGUUGGGCGGUUCGGUGUCGAUCCACGCCGUCAUAGACGGCGUGCUUCUGUUCAUCUACCCUCUGCUGAAGCGCUGCACGAACUACCCCCAGGUCGAGCUGGGCUUUGGGCUCUCGUACGCCAUCUUCUUGGUGGCGGCCAUGGUCGGCAAGGAGCCGUUGGCACCUCUGUUCGACCCGUCAUCGGAUCUGUCUGCUCGGUUGACCACCGUCGCCGAAUCGCCACUGGCCCGGUCGGCUGGGUAUCUCUACUUCUCCGGCAUUCUGUGGACGGUCAUCUUCGACACGAUCUAUGCUCACCAGGACUAUCUCGACGAUUUGAAGGCCGGCGUCAAGGGUCUCGCCGUGCGACUCGGCCGGAAGGGAACGAAACCCGCCUGCUACGUCGCGGGCGCGGUGCAAAUCUUCUGUCUGGUGAAAGCGGGCCAGUUGGCGGGGUUCGGCGAGGCGUACUACGCCAUCUCGUGUGGCGUUACUGCUCUCGUGCUGGCGUGGAUGAUCGCGGUGGUCGACUUGGAAAAUGGCGACAGUUGCGCUUGGGCGUUCGGUAGUGGAAGCGGCUAUGUCGGUACUGCGAUGACGGUUGGGCUCAUGGCUGACUUCGUGCUGAAGAAGUAUGGAUACUAUUCGGCCUAGGGAUGGGGGGGUUAUAGGCAUGAUGCCCGCAGUCAUUACUGCCAUAGUCUCGUGAAUACCUUACCCGAGUACAUAGUCUUCCAGCCAUUGCUGGGCCUUGUGUACGUACCUUAGGUGGGAGGGCAGCAUCGAGUUCGAUGUUCUGAUCUUGAGUGGAAAUCCAGUACUGUAAUUCGCCUCAAUUGGUGACCUGUUGAUAACGUGAUACAGUAUUUCGUUGCCAGCUUUGGCAAACUCACAGCUGCGUUAUGUCAAUAUCCCGUCCUUGUGUCUUUAGGAGUAGUAGGGACAUCCGAUG